AAAACCAGCAUCUGCUACCUGUCCUUCCCCGACUCGUACUCAGGAUGUCUGGGUGACACCCAGUUCACCUUCAGGUUACGUCAGUCUGUGGGUCGCAGAGCGUCCAGGGAGGACGCCAACGACAGAGACGCCCCCGUCACGCUGCAGAGAGAAACGGCACACUUCUUGGGUUACGUCUACUUCAGACAGGUGAAGGACGUGUCGGUGAAGAGAGGCUACUUCCAGAAGUCCCUGGUGUUGGUGUCCAGGCUGCCGUACACACACCUGUUCCACUCGCUGCUGCAGAUCAUCGCACCUGAGUUCUUUGAGAAGCUGGAGCCGUGCCUGGAGACAGUGUGCAACGAGAUCGACCAGUGGCCCACCCCCACACCUGGGCAGACCCUCAACCUGCCCGUCAUGGGUGUCAUGUUACAGGUGAGGAUUCCCUCCAGGACAGACAAAGCAGGAGGAAGUCCGGUCCGGCAGACCGCAGAGAACCUCCUGCCUGCCCCGACGGUCCUGCCGACCAUCCAUGAACUGGACCUGUUCAGGUGUUUCCAGUCGGUUCUGAUCCACCUGCAGAUGUUCUGGGAGCUGACGCUGCUCGGAGAGCCGCUGGUCGUCAUGGCGCCGUCUCCAACUGUCUGCUCAGAAAUGGUUCUGGCUCUGACCAGGGGAUCCAGAGGAGGAGACCCUCGGAGGUCCAGAGUGCCAUCCUGAGGAGACACCUGUUGGAGCUGACGCAGAGCUUCAUCAUCCCUCUGGAGCGCUACAUGGCCAGCCUGAUGCCCCUGCAGAGGUCUGUGACRCCCUGGAAGACUCCUCCUCAGAUCCGUCCCUUCAGUCAGGACCACUUCCUGUCCACUCUGGAGCACGCCGGGCCUCAGCUCACCUCCCUGCAGCGAGGGGACUGGAUGGGUCUGUACAGGAAGUUCUUCAGGUCUCCUAACUUUGACGGCUGGUAUCGUCAGCGCCACAGAGAGAUGACCCAGAAACUGGACAGCCUCCACCUGGAGAUGAUCUGUGACGCCGAUCUGCUGGGCUGGACCAAAGACAAGUCUGAAGUGGAGAUCGUGGACCUGAUCCUGAAGCUCCGAGAGAAGCUGAUCAAAGCUCGCCGCCAGCAGCUGCAGGUGAGGGGCGGAGUCUUAGACCGACUAGACCUUUUCAUCACCUCCGUGGUGGGCUCGCUGCCCGCCGACCUGCAGGCCGUACUGAACGCACGCUGACGCCAGAGGGACCGCCCACAGGAAGUCCAGACCUCACUAAACAACAGGCUGCUGCUUUUCAAAAUAAAACUCUAAAUUAUUUUUGGUUCUGAAACUUUUGAAGCAAAUAAACUGACGAAGAAUUUCACA